ACUAUCCGAAAGGAGUAUCCGACCAACCAACAAUACACACUUGUCGCAGAAAAAAAAAACCCAAAGACAUGGCUGCUUUGAAAGUAUGCUAUGCUUGUGGCAUUGGCCCUGGUUCCUCCUCCUCAACCUUGACAUGUUCACCAAUUCACACAGCUCCAUUCUCCUCCAAUCAAAUUAGAAGAAUCUUACCCAGAACCACAGGUUCAUCUUCAUCUGUCCUGGUCCGUGCAGUUCUCUCUUUUCACUUUCCAACUCCCUUCCCAUUUUGCCCAUUGCCUGUUACAAAGAAAGCUACCAGGUUAUCCCCAGCAAUGGCAACUGGAAAUAUCCAAGAGAUUCUUCCAGCAGCUCUUGAUUCCACUUCAGACCCACCUCCAAUCUUUGAUGGAACAACAAGGUUGUAUAUAUCUUAUACAUGCCCCUAUGCACAGCGAGUUUGGAUUACUCGGAACUGCAAGGGAUUGCAGGACAAGAUAAAAUUGGUUCCAAUUGAUCUGAAGAACAGGCCUGCUUGGUACAAGGAGAAAGUCUACCCGGCUAACAAGGUGCCAGCAUUGGAACACAACAACGAAGUGAAAGGAGAGAGUCUUGAAUUGAUCAAGUAUAUAGAUAGUAACUUUGAAGGGCCUUCACUUUUCCCUGAUGAUCCUGCCAAGAAAGAGUUUGCUGAAGAGUUGUUCACCUACAUUGACUCAUUCUAUAAAACAGUGACUUCUUCAUUCAAAGGAGAUGGAAACGAAGCUGGUGCCGCAUUUGAUUACAUUGAAACAGCCCUUUCCAAGUUUGAGGGACCCUUCUUCCUUGGGCAGUUUAGUCUGGUGGAUAUGGCUUAUGCUCCAUUCAUUGAAAGAUUUCAGCCUUUUUUGUUGGAAGUGAAGAAGUAUGACAUUACUCUUGGCAGGCCUAAACUGGCAACUUGGAUUGAGGAGAUGAACAAAAACGAGGGUUACAAACAAACCAGGCGUGAUCCAAAGGAACUUGUUGAGAGCUACAAGAUACGUUUCAUGGCUCAGCUUUGAACAACAGGUAUUCCCUGUUUGUCCUACUCUGCAGGCUGAACUGUGAACAACGGAAUUCCCUGUUUGUCCUAC